AUGGGGAAUAAUCCUUCGACAACCGCCAAUUCAUCCCUUGAUACAGGGAGUAUAGUAGCUAGCCAUAAUGGCAUGCUGCCCAAGAGAAAGCUGUCAAGAAGAACAUCCAACUUUAUUGGUGCUGGCAGACUCAAGCAAGCAAGACAAACCGGCACCCCAAAUCUCAGUGGCCCGAAAAAUAUUCCUCGAGUCAUUGCCAACUCACUGCCCGCCCCUCCAACAGUCAUUCUAACUUCUGCUGAAGCUAGCGGUGCAACGGCAACUGCGACGAACAAGACUGGAAGCCCGUCAUCCACCACUAUUGCUGAAGAUAAAGAAAUGAUUACGGUUCCUGGAUAUUUCAAGAAUAAUUACGUCAGUAGUGAUUUCAUCCCGACAGAGCGCUCAAAAAGUGUUGAUAGCAAUAUGGAAGAUUCUCGCUUUGACAAAUACGAAAGUGUUCCGCUGGAUGAGUUCAUAGAGCACGCUGAAACCAUGCUGGAUCUAAGACAUUCAUCGGCAACAAAUUCUGUUGAUUUAGAUGACCAACUCAAUAACAACACUAUCCAUGAUGAUAUUAUUAAUAAAGAGGAUGAUGAAAUUGAGGCCAAUGUUUUGUUAGAUUAUAUGGAUAAUGAUGAUGAAUAUCAAGAUAUAACUGUUCCAGUAGCAAUUAGAUGGAAAGGUAGUGCACAUGAGGUUUUUGUGGUGGGAUCAUUUACAAACUGGAUGAACAAAAUCAAGUUGAAUCAGAUUUCCCCAGGGGAAUUCGCAGUGCAAUUGUUUUUAAGAAUCGGAUAUUAUAGAUUUCAAUUCAUUGUUGAUGGUGAAAUAAAGUGCUCAAGUAAUUUACCUAAAGCCACCGAAGCAAAUGGUAACUUUGUGAAUUGGUUUGAGGUAGUGAAGCAUGAUCCAGCGCCUGUGAAAAAGCCUUUACAACACUAUACUGGGAAGUUCUUGGAUAACAAAGAUGAUGAUUAUUUUGGACCAAUUGCUGAUAAAAAUGAUACUUCACCUUACCAGCAGCAGUAUACCGUUUCUAGCGAUAUGAUUAAUGAAUAUUACGGUUCCAAUUCAAUGGCCACUGGACUGGUAUUGACCCCUAUUCCUCGCAAGGUUACUGAAUAUACCAAUGAGAUCCCAUCAGUUUAUAUUGAUACGGAUGAUUUUGAUGAAACCACUAUGGACAGCUCAACAAUGCUCAAGUAUAAAAAACUACCUGAGCCGCCAUCUCUACCACCAUAUUUAAAUAAUGUUUUGCUCAAUAAACGGGAUCUCACAGCGAUGCCAUCGGUCGAUUCCAACACGAAACAGACUUUCAGCCCACACUCACCGAGAAACACACCUACUUCUAAUCCUACUGAAGACACAAAUCUUUUGAGCGUGCCCAACCAUGUAAUUCUCAAUCAUUUGAUAACAACAUCAAUCAAAAACAAUGUAUUAGCAGUGGCGUGUAUUAAUCGUUACGCAGGGAAGUUUAUCACCCAGGUGACUUAUUCUCCAAUAGAUUUGCCCGCUGAUUCAUAA